AUGAUCGGCGCCCCCUACACGAACACUACGGGUCCGUUCGGCCUCCGCGUGCACGCACCCCUUUCCGGAGGGAACCUCACGGAUGCCACGACAGGCGAGGUCGUUGCAACGAUGCUGCCGACGGCAGAUGACGGCUUCAUCAUCGGCUCGGCGACAUUGUUCUCCCACUGGGUCCUGCCAUACGUCUGGAAAACGGACGGAAAGCUCGCGUCGAUGACUCCUGAGCCAUUAGAAGAAGUCACCGCUGCCGACUUUCGGGGUCCUGGGGUCAAGCACAUCUCUGGUCAGAGGCGUCGGGAAUACGACCGGCCACAGUUACUGCUAUGUAAGGGAUUCCUUUGCAGACAUGUGGAGACGGACUCUUCGGCAUACUCGUGGAUGAAUAGCAACUUCUUCAUCAUGAAGAUUGUGGGGACUGCAGAGCCGCUCGUGCAUAACAUCACCAUUUACGGAGUGGCCAACUGA